GGGCCAUUGUGACCUCGCUGUAGCUAAGAUCAGUCCACUGCAGCAGGAGUUUCAAGAACAGCAGCAGAAAAAUAAUGACUUAACUGGAUAGAAAAAAAGGCACAUAUUUUCAGGAAGGUCUCUUUGUUCUUAGAAGUUACCCUUCAAGAUGACAAGUGGUGCAAACUCUUCAGGAUCUUACCUGCCCUCAAAAAUAAGAAGUUCUAAAAUAGAUGACAACUACUUGAAGGAAUUGAAUGAGGACUUAAAGCUAAGGAAGCAGGAACUGCUAGAGAUGCUCAAACCUCUAGAAGACAAAAACAACCUCUUAUUUCAAAAGUUAAUGUCUAACUUGGAGGAAAAACAAAGGAGUCUUCAGAUCAUGAGGCAGAUCAUGGCAGGGAAGGGGUGUGAGGAAUCUUCGGUCAUGGAGCUCCUUAAGGAAGCAGAGGAGAUGAAACAGAACUUGGAAAGGAAAAACAAGAUGCUUCGGAAGGAAAUGGAGAUGCUAUGGAACAAGCUCCUAGUACAAUGCUUGGAACAUAGUAGAGAAUCGACAAAUACAUUCGAGGCAGAAGAACUCAGUGAUCAACAAAAAGCACCACAGAUAAAAAACAAGGCAGACUUGCAGGAUGGAAAGGCAAGUGGACUGCAGGCUCCCAAAUCCCCCUCAUCACCUAGGAAGACUGAGAGUGAACUGGAGAAAUCAUUUGCAGAGAAAGUGAAGGAGAUAAGGAAGGAAAAGCAACAGAGGAAAAUGGAAUGGGUCAAGUAUCAGGAACAAAACAACAUCCUUCAGAAUGAUUUUCAUGGCAAAGUGAUUGAGCUGAGAAUUGAAGCCUUGAAGAACUACCAGAAGGCCAAUGACCUGAAAUUAUCACUGUAUUUGCAGCAGAAUUUUGAGCCAAUGCAAGCAUUUUUAAAUAUUCCUGGGUCCCAAGGAAUUAUAAUUGUUCAAUCUUAUUAAUCUUGCUGGAAUAGACUCUGCGACUUCAAAGCAGAAGGCCAAGGAGACAGACAUCUGACAAUGGUUGUGAAUUUCAUCAAUCCAGUUGUCCCUCUGAGAGUUUCAGUGAUUUCUCCACAGAAUUUAUGGCAAUAUUAGAGAAAAUAAUAUAGUUCAUUUAAAAAAUAGAAUAUAGAGAUGGCUCUGAGGACAGGGAAAAAGUUCUUGAAUUUUCAAGUAUCUAUGAAUAUGAACUCCAUUUUUCAAAAGGGACACGCAAUGGGAAAUCAUGGCCAAGGGAUGACAAUGUUCUAUCAGUAUCAGUAUGUAUGUUUCUAAUUUCUUAGUCUUAUUCUGUAAAGGGCUUAAACAGCUUAUAAAAAUCACAGUCAACACAUAGGGUUAAAUAAAUAUAUGAGUAAAUCAAAGAAAAGGGAAAAUAAGUUGAAGCUGGGCAAAUACACAAGAAUGCAUAAUGGGAGUACUGUACAGCUGGCAGAGGUAGGCUACAAAUUUGGUUCUGAAUUUUCCAGUAAAAAGAAACAUGGAUUUAUGAAACUCAUGAAGUAACAACAAACCAAUUUCUCAGGAGAAACAUAGUUUUUCCUGGUGUUGAAAUCUGAGAGAAAUUUCUCCUCCAGGUCCAUAUAACGGGAGGCAGGACAUUGUUUGUGUGAUGAUAGUCGCCAAUGUCUUCAACAAUAUUUCAAAAUAAAUUCAGAAUCUAAAUUUC